GUUAUAUACAGACAUAUACGAACGUCACUUUCGGAGAUAAACAUAGCAGUUAUAUCACAUGCGUUUCCUUGUAGCUUGGAGUAUCGUUGCUGCCUUGGCAACACUUGAUGCUACUACUGUUCUUGCUGAAGACAAAAAACUUCUUCCACAAACAUCUCCAGCAUGGCUUGCCAAUAUUCCGACACCUACUGGCAAUGCUGUGAUCACCCAGUAUCCCAAAGACGACACAAUCAAAGCCCAGCCUCUCCCUGGACCCUACAAAAUCGACUUGAACAAAUAUCCCAAGCAGCUACAGAUGCCGCCAACCGAUUCGCCUGAAGUACAGGACGUGAUCAAGCAGCUCGACUGGUCUAAGAUCCCCAAAGCCCAACAGCGCGUUAUUAAGACGUGGGCCGUCGAUACAUCUGGCUAUCCCAAGACAGAUCCUGAUUGCUGGUGGUCGGCGAGUACUUGCAAGCGGCCCAAGCUCUCGUAUUUGCCUGACGAUAUAUACACUUGUCCACAAGCUGGUCAUUGGGGCUUGAAUUACGAUGAUGGCCCCCUCAAAGUUUAUAGUUUCGAUCAGUCGGAAAAGGCAUGGGAAGAGCCUCGUUUUUAUAACUUUCUGAUAGAGCACAGCAAGCAAAAAGCAACUAUGUUCUUCAUUGGAUCCAAUGUGGUGGCAUUUCCUGAAGCUGCACAACGUGCAUUAAACGACGGUCAUACUAUUUGCGCUCAUACCUGGUCACACAAGCAAAUGACAUCGCUUUCAAACGAGCAGAUCGUCGCCGAGUUAUAUUGGACACACAGAGCUAUCAAAGAGGUGUUGGGAGUCACACCCAAAUGCUGGAGACCUCCGUAUGGUGAUGUGGACGAUCGAGUGCGAGCCAUUGCCUGGCAGAUGGGUAUGCGUACUGUUAUAUGGGACCAAGACUCGAAUGAUUGGAAUUUGUAUGGUACUCCUGCUCGCGGCUCUGUUUCGCCACAGGAAAUUGAUGGUCAUUUUACUGAUUGGAUUGCGAAGCGUGUCAACAACAUGGACAAUGAACACGGCCAUAUUACACUGCAACAUGAAAACAGCAACUCGACCAUAUCAAUGGCUGAACGAUGGCUACCUAAACUUCAACAAGCCUUUGAGGUGAUGCCCAUCCACAAGUGUAUCAACGACCCAUAUCCCUACUGGGAAAAGUCUUGGGCUUAUCCAACGUUGGAAAACGCUAACCCCCCUCUUAACCAAGUGGAUCCGUCUUCGCCACAAACACCUAAAACUACAUCUGACGCACCCAGUGGUCGACAUGCAGGUGGCUCGUCUACUAUCACCCAGUCAUUUGCCGGAAGUGUUAUCAGGAGCCAUGCAUUAGGCUUGACAGCAUAUGUUUGCGCGUUGGGAGUACUUGUCCUAGCCUUAUGAAACUCUUUCCAAAAUGACCUUAGAUUAUUCCAACUCUUUCUUUCUUUCUGUAAAAUGAGAAACAGUAGAAGAUCAACUGCGAAUAAAAAUAAUCAUUAAAAGUCAACUAGGCUGAUGGUUCUAUGCCGCAUGAUCAGAGUACUUGAUGCAUCUAUGUAGCUAAGAAUGAUAAGCAGCGGCAGGAAAAAAAUCCUGUGGUGCAUGUACUAUAUAUUGCAUAUGUAUUUACUGUUUUUAAGUUGAUAUCUAUCAAGAUAAUAUUGAAAGAAGUCAUCGCUUGGGGUAUGGCAUUAUUCGUCCACGAAAAGUGAUCGCAAGCAGCGGCCUGAACUCCCGGUGCCAAGC